AUGUACAGAAGGGAAACAGUAAUUAUAUUAGGUGAAGCAAUUAACACCAUAGUUGAGUCGUCUAGUGGAGAUACUGAAAGAGUGUCGAUAUCUGGACAAAAAAGUGGGUUAAAAGUUAGCAUUUUAAAUCUGCUAAAAUCAACAUCGAAAUUCCUCACUGGACAUUUUUUAGUGCAAGGAUCUGAUGUUAGGGCACAGAGAGUUUCUGAUUUCAUGCAAGUUUUAAAACUAUAUGAAAAUGAUUUCUUUGGAGAUGCUUACUACGAUCUACAAUACAGAAAGAAUGUGACUCUCAGGAAGCCUGUUAAUCUUCCCGAAGAGGAUGAUGUAAAUAUGUUAAUGUCAGAAUCUAAAAAGAUAAUGAGUUCAAUCGAUGUUUUUGACCAUCCAGCUAAUUUUUUUGUUGACAUCAGAUCAGCAACGGCUACAACUCUUAUUAUCUUCUGUGCACGCAGAGGUGGUGAACCUGUUAGAUUGCAGCUAUAUCAAUGGCAGGAAGCGUUGAGAGGAGACUGGGUAGAUAAGGAAGAUUUGCCUGAGGGAUUUAAUAAAGGUUCUAUGCUAAUCACUUACCAAACUGGCAAAGGAGCUAAUCAUUUGGUCCCGUUAAUUUUUCCACCUGAGACAAUAAAUGCAAUGAAUUAUUUAACCAACAUGGAAGUAAGAAAAAAUGCAGGUGUGCACGACAAAAACCCAUACGUUUUUGCAAGCACACAGAGAAGCCAGAGUCAUGCAAGUGGUUGGCAUUGUAUUGAUUACAUUUUAAAGAGGGUAUCUCUAACAGGUGCAGUUAAUGCGACGAAGAAUAGACACCGAGUUGCUUCUAUUCUGGCAAGACUGCAGUUACCAGAAGCUGAGAAGCAGUUGAUUUAUAAGCAUUUUGGGCAUUAA